GUGUGUAAACUAGCUAGCUGUUAGCCUAGCUGGCGUGUUAAGUAGACUUGAACCUGAAGACCUGUCACAAUAACAAAAUGUCGUAAAUUUCCGAUUUGAAGUAUAUGUUAAGGUAUGUUAAGAUAUGAAAGGAAAGCCAUGUGAGGACCACUGCAUCCUUCAACAUUCAAACAGAAUAUGCGUCAUCACUUUGGCCGAGACUCACCCGUUGCUGGAAAAAGGGCGAACCAUCUCAAACAUCGAUUACCAAAUCAGUAAUGGCUGCAGUCGCUUAAACAACAAAGUGUCCGGAAAGUCCAAGCGAGGAGGUCAGUUCCUUACCGAAUUUGCUCCUCUAUGUCGGAUAACAUGCACAGACGAAACCCAGUUCACCAUCUAUAGCUGCAUCAGGGGACGACUUCUGGAAGUCAAUGAGAACAUUCUGGAAAGACCCGCUCUCUUACAGGAGAAGCCAUCAACGGACGGCUACAUCGCCGUCAUCCUGCCCAAGUUCGAGGAGAGCAAAAGCAUCACAGAGAACCUUCUGAGCAGAGACGACUUUGAAAAGCUCGUCGCCGGACGGGACGCCGCGCAGGCAAUGGGCGUAACACAGCAGUCAUGACGAAGCUUCGCGUGAAACUGAAAUUAAAUCGUGGAAGAAGAGUUGCACUGUGCCUUCAGGUCAGCAUACAUGCCACUUCAUAGCGUACAAAAAUGCCUGUGAAUGUUCGGCAUGAGGUCGUUCGGUUUUGGUGCCGACAUUGUGAAAUGGACUUUUUAGACAUUUGCAUCUGAAAAAGAGAAAGCAAGUCUACCUUUGAGGUACAUCUGGAAAUGGGGAAAAAUAUCUUGGUCAUGGUUCUGGAGCCUUUUUUUUUCCUCAGGUCUAAUCAUGAUGGCAACAGCAAUUUAAGUUAUGAGUUGACUGUUUUAUAACAUACCUCACCACUAUUUACUGCCCUCAGUCCAUGGCCAAAACAAAAAUAUUUCCCAAUGUAAUGUUCAAAAUUGUAGUCUUCUUUUGAAGAGCUUUUGUAAAUGGGACAAAAUGACUCUAAAAUGGCCACUUUAACCCAAAAUGGCUGACUUCCUGUGUCUUUUUGGACAUGGCCUCUUGAGACUUUGUCAACGCUCAAAUUUCACAUUGCAUCUUGUAUUGGAUCUGAUACCCAUCGGAGUUUGUAUAUAGUCAAAAUUAGUUUGAAAGCCUUAUUUAUGGUUUAAUUUUUGGUCGAUGGAAAAAUCAUCUUUACUUAAAACAACCAACACUGAUUUAAUAAAAAAUAUUGUUUAUUUUU